CCGGGCUGUCAGAGCCGGCCUGUCCCGGGCAGGCUCGGGGCGACCGCGGGAUGCGGCGCUGAGCGCGCUCCGCUCGCUUUCUCUGGCCGUCUGUCCGUCCGUCCGUCCGUCUCCCCGCCCGGGCUCCCACACGCCGAGAUUCCCUCCCGCAGCCCAUGAUGUGCCUGGAAAGCGACGGCUCCUCCGGCAGCAGCCCGGGCUGCGGCGGGCGGCUCCGAGCUGGCGACGAGGAGGAGGAGGAGGACGGCGAGCGGGGCUGCUGCGGCCGGGGCGCCGAGGGCGAGGUGCAGACCCUGUCGGGCAGGAUGAAUCCUCCGGCGGCCGGCAAGCACCCCGACCGCCCCGCCGCCCUCCGCAAGGCGCCGACCCUCGGCCGGGCCCGGGUAGCGGCCGCCGGCAUCCUCAGUGUGGGCAACGUGCUCAACUACCUGGACCGGUACACGGUGGCAGGUGUGUUACUAGACAUCCAGCAGCACUUUGGAGUCAAGGACAGUGGGGCUGGCUUGUUACAGACAGUUUUUAUCUGUAGCUUCAUGGUCGCAGCACCGAUCUUUGGUUACCUUGGUGACCGGUUCAACAGAAAGAUCAUUCUCAGCUGUGGGAUCUUCUUUUGGUCAGCUGUCACUUUUUCAAGCUCCUUCAUCACUGAACAGUAUUUCUGGCUCCUCGUGCUCUCACGGGGUUUGGUUGGCAUUGGUGAAGCGAGUUAUUCUACGAUUGCACCAACCAUCAUCGGAGACCUGUUCACCAAAAACACGAGGACCCUUAUGCUGUCUGUUUUCUACUUUGCAAUUCCUCUGGGCAGUGGCUUGGGAUACAUCACUGGCUCCAGUGUGAAGCAGGUUGCUGGAGACUGGCACUGGGCACUGCGGGUAUCUCCACUCCUAGGAAUGAUAACAGGGACACUCAUCUUGAUCUUUGUGCCAGCUGCUAAAAGAGGAAAUGCUGAACAACUUGGGGGGCAGCUGAAGGCUCGGACUUCGUGGCUGAGAGACAUGAAAGCGUUGAUUAGAAACCGCAGCUAUGUGUUCUCAUCCCUGGCCACCUCAGCUGUGUCCUUUGCCACGGGGGCACUUGGAAUGUGGAUCCCUCUGUAUCUUCACAGAGCACAGGUGGUGCAGAAGACAGCAGAGACCUGCAGCUCCCAGCCCUGUGGCACCAAGGAUAGUUUGAUUUUUGGAGCAAUCACUUGCUUCACUGGCUUCCUGGGGGUGAUCACAGGGGCAGGAGCAACCAAAUGGUGCCGCUCAAAGACCCAGCGAGCUGAUCCUCUUGUCUGUGCUGUUGGAAUGCUGGGAUCAGCCAUCUUCAUCUGUCUGAUCUUCGUGGCUGCCAAGAGCAGCAUCGUGGGAGCCUAUAUUUGCAUUUUUAUCGGAGAAACUCUUCUGUUUUCAAACUGGGCUAUCACAGCAGACAUACUAAUGUAUGUGGUCAUUCCAACUCGCCGUGCAACCGCAGUGGCCUUGCAGAGUUUCACUUCACACCUCCUGGGAGAUGCUGGCAGUCCUUAUCUCAUUGGAUUUAUCUCCGACCUGAUACGACAAAGCACAAAGGAGUCCCCGGUGUGGGAGUUCCUCAGCCUGGGUUACGCGCUCAUGCUCUGCCCGUUUGUCGUUGUCCUGGGAGGGAUGUUCUUCCUGGCCACAGCUCUCUUCUUCCUGAGUGACCGAGCCAAAGCUGAGCAACAUCACUGUUUCCAGCUGCAGCCUGCUUGGAGUCUGAAGUUCUGCAGGAAUUCAUGUUGUCAGUCACGUCUUGUCCCAGAAUUACUGACUUCACCAUCAAAACAGCUUGAGGGUGAAUCAGCUUGUGAUGCCACCAGCCUCUGUCAAAGUCUGAGACGCUGCCAGUGAAGGUGAGGACGCUCCUGCUCCCACCGUGCCAAUCUCAGUCUCGAAGCCCUUCUGGACUGGGUAUCAGUGGAUCCUUCAGCUCCACAUUCCAGAGGGGUUCUCCAGCACCACAUCCAUCCCACGGCUCCAGCCUGCGGGGUCAGGCACCCGGAGAUGAGCAGGGCAGCCAGGAACAGGCAACUUCUGGAACGUGAGGACACUCCCAGGGUCCCCUGAGCCUGGAAACCAACUGUCCACUGGACCCAGAAAAUGCUGCCCAAGUGAGCAACUGUAGAUUGUGUACAUGGUUUUAGUUGUAGCCAAUGAAGUCCACAUUGUUUUUAGGGCAGCUGGUGUCCUAUGGAAUGCUGCUGCUCUGCCAGCACUCCCACUCCCACAGACUGCACUAGUUGAGGACCUGUUCUGUACAUCACCUUUUCUUUGACACUGAAGGCUUGAUUCAGAUUAUUAUUUUUUAUUUAAAUAUGUUAUAAGAUGUUUUAUCUCUGCUGAAGACAUUAGAUGAGAUAUAUAUAUAUAUAUAUACACUUAGAUGAACAGUUUUUAUUUAAACAUUUGAAAUCUGGAGCUGCCUGUGCAACCAUAGCAGACAGUAACGUCCACAGCUCUCCUCCUCUCAGUGCCCUAGUGCCAGGGCCUGCAGGGGCACCACAGGAAAACUUCCAGUGGGUGACUUGUCACUGAGACUGAGCAAUGGGACAGAGGAGAGAGUUUCACUGCACUGGGUGUGCUGCUGGUUGCCACAGAAAUGCCCAGAAGAGUGUUGGACAGAAAUCCCUACGGGCUCUAGAGUUUUCCAUAUGCUAAAUUCAACCUUCCUAGGAGGUUCACAGGCUUUUAAAAUACCAAAAUCCACCUGGCUGGAUGGCUGUACCUUGGGCCUGGGAGUGCAAUACUGCUGUGCCAGUGACCUCGUGCUUUGUUUACAUGAUACCAUAUCACUGGGAUGUCAAUGCUAAUUCUCCCUGUCAGUGUUCCAAAGCAGGUGGCUGAAACUGCUUGGGCUCCUGCACAGCUGAGCCUGGGCUGUCCCACAGCACUGUCACUGGGGUGUCACUUGUACCUUACAAAGGUGCACUUGAGAGCUUUCAGACAAGGCCAGUGCCUCGACUGGGUUGGACUCAAAUGCAGAAGCAUGUCAUGGUGCCAUUCCACUGGAGUCUGGUUUCCUGUACUUGGCCUCCACAAGCCAGAUUUAUGCUGUGUCAGCUGGAUGGGGGAGGAAGGGGAGCACAGGGCCCAAGGAGGGCCAGGCUCCCACAUGAAGGGUUCACCAUUCCCUCUCUUCUGAGCCCUCUCUCACAGUUCAGAUCCCCCCUCCAGUUCAGCACAACUCGAGCAGGUGAAAGCACCUCAUUCUUGUGCUCAUGGCUCCAAGUGACUGCACUUGGGGUCCAGGGAGGGCUAAAUCAGCUCAGGAAAUGUCAGACCAGGACUAGAUGUGAGUUAAGGCUGGAAGCUGCUGUCCUGGUUGUGCCAUAAGAUUACUCAGGCACAGGAAGGUCCUGUUAGUAAAUCUGGGUUCAUUUCCCAUUCCCUGCCAGGAUGUGUUGGGACUUACAGCACAGCAUUGCAGCAGAGAUGGUUCAAAUUCCAAGUGCUCACCCCAUAGCCAGGCUGGGGUUCCUCUAAUCCUUUGAGCUUUUCCUCCUUCAGACCUCACAGGACUCCUCUGCAAGGGUUCUGUCACCUGAAAUUCCUUAACAAUAGCUCUAAGACUUGGCUAAAGACCCAGAGCCAGAAGUGUUCCUCUAGUGCCUGAGCAAGCAGGUGCUAGAAAUAACAAAGCAAAGCAAAUCCCAACAAUGCUUCACUUCCUACCUCGUGCCACUAUUUACACUUGGAGGGGAAACACAGCCACUGUAGUCUGGGAGCCAAACACUUGGCUUUAAAGGCACAUGAAUUUCUGAUUCCCAUUAAGAAAUUCCUUUUUAAGCUGUUUAAAAAGAAACAAAAAGCAACCCAACAAUCAGUCAUUUCAUCUCAGAGACCAAAGAAGAUUAACCACAUUUCCCAAAUUGCUUUUCUGAUAGGCUCUCUGUUGUAGCAUUUGCUGUCAACAAAAUGGAACAUUUCUGCAAGGUUCAGAGAUUAGGAAUUCUCCUUAAACUUAAUUCUCAGGAGUCAACAAUGAAAAGGGAACUGUUCUGUAAUGUCACUGGCAGUCCUUGUUUGUGACAGGCUCCAGUUCCUGUCAGAGCUCAGUGCUGGUUUUAUCCUUUGUGCACAUGAAGGAAAUGCUGUGGAUUCUGUUCAGACAAGGGCAGAGGGAAGGGAGCAAACCAGGGAGUAAGAAAUGAGUCCUGCCUUCACCAAGGGGUCCCUGAAUCUCUGCUCCCACAUGUUCCAGGCCGAGGGAGACAGGCUCAGGCUUCUUCCAGAUCCUUGCUGCAUUCACCACGGUCUGUGCAAGUGUCCAGAGGCACCAGGGAGGCUCCAGCUGCCCCUCAGUUAAUUACCAGGGUUUUCUUCCACUCCACUCCAUAAAGGGGAUUUGUUAAAGCAUUAACUCCCCCCAGCUGACCCUGCACUGGCAGUGAGGUGGUUUGUACAGUGUGGGAAACUGAGGCAAUGGGACCUGCCCCAAGAGGCAAGAGAAUGACCCCAAAGGCAUCAAGCUGCCAACCCAAGGGGCUCCUGCUGCCACCACUCCUAGAGAGGGUCUGGGUGGCCCCAGGAGCCUCUCCCCCUACAGUCAGGGUGACAAAACCCCAUAAAUGUCUGGCUGUGCUCUGGGAAGCAGAGUUCUUCCAAGCUCCACCCCAAAUGCUUCUUUUCUUGUCCAUUUGCUUUAUUGUCUGGUAAACCAGCACUUACAAUCACUUUUACCACGUGAUGUACGGGAGUAUUAGUGUAUUUUCUUGUUAUACAAGGGAGGAGUAUAAAAUAGUUUUCUGAUUUCUUUCAGAAGCAAAUGACUAUUUUAUUUUUUAAGAGCAAUUGAUUGUGAAUCUCAGAGUAUAAAAAAAAAAGAUAAGCCAAAUAUAUACCUUUAUGUAAAUUAAGAAAUAAAAGUAUUUAAAAGGUUC